AUGCCUAUCGGCCAACAAGAAUCCGGUGUGACCUCAGGCGUCAAGUUCGUCACAUCAACACUUGGAAAUACUGUUGGCGGAGUCACCAAUACAGUUGGUGGGGUUGUAGGGGCCCUUGGGCGAGGUGUUGGCGAAACAUUGGAGGGUGCAACAGGCAGCGCUGGACGGCCUGUUGCCAGAGGAAUUGCCGAUACAACGACAAGUAUAGAGAAGGGUGCAAACGACAUCGCGGGAGGAGUCAAGCGAGCUGGAGAAGGGAGAUAG